AUGUCAUCAAAUAUUCUUUCGGUAUUUAAUCCUCCUAAAUCAGGUCCUUAUCCUCCAUCACAAGAAAAUUCAGAAGAACAAUGUUUACCAUGUACAGCAAUUCAAUCAUUUGUUGCUCUUGGAUGUGGAUUUUAUUUAAGUUCACCAAAUCAAUUUAAAGAUAAAACUACAGGAAAAAUAGAUUUCGUUAAAAAUCCACUUUGGUGGCAAAGAUCAGUUCGUGGCGCUGGAAUUAUAUUAUUUGGUUUAGGUGCUUAUAGAGCAGGUGAAGUUUUUCAACUUUUAUAUAAAAAGAAAUUUGGAGAAAUUUAA